UUUUUUGUUUGGAAAUAUUGAAAAUAAUUAUCGUCAGGAUGAAAUCUUUGCUGACCAGUUAUCUAUCAAUUAUGCUCAUUCAUAUAUCAUUGAUAGAAUUUGUUAUGAGCAUACCCAUCUUGUUAUUUUUACCUACAUUUAAUACAACUAUACAUAUAGGAAAUGUAUAUUUUGAAAAAGAACCUGGAACGAUUACACUUCCAUCCAUAGAAAACACACAUUUUGAAAGAGGAACACCACCAUCAAUGUGGAAAUUUGGUUACAUGAAUGCACCUGUACCAUAUCAUCCGUAUAAUAACGACCUUGAAGAUGGAAGUAGAAAUAAAGGUGAAGGUGUAUUUGGUAGUGGAUUUGGAGGUGCUACUGAUAGUCAAGCAAUCAUAAACGCAAAACCUAUAGAUUGUGAUGUAGGUGAAAAACGUGAUGGCAAUGGUGUUUGUAGAUCUGUGAUAAGUUAAAAAUCAAAAUCCAAAAUAAAUACAUAUAUGGGCAGUUUA